AUGUUCCGCUUUGUCGAGUAUUCUGUAGAGAACAGUGUUGGAUUUACUAGCCAAAGUGAGGCGGACCUUGAGAGUAAUGGUCGAUUCAAUCCUACAACAGAGGGCCAGAAUGGCUAUCAACAGUCGCUUCAGCUUUCGCCUUCACAGGCGUCUAGUUCUGUACCAAGAUUAAGCCCUAUGAGACCUCAAUCUCGCGUCUCCCCGCUCGGUAGCGUGUAUGAGGCAUCUCUUUUUAAAUACUUCAUGACCUCUCUCCCUCCUUGGUUUGACUAUUGCGACCCAAGCCGGCAUUUCUUCUCCUACAUUGCGAGUUCUGCAUCGACUAACCCUAUCCUUCUGUAUGCUGUUCUAGAAGUAGCUGCCAGACAUCAGCGCUCACGCUCAGAGCGUCAGAGGUUAAUCGCAGACGAGUACCAACAAUACUGCCUUGAGUCGUUAAUAUCAGCCCUCGAUAACUCUGAGAAGACACUAGACGAGUCUCUAGUCGCAUCAGCGGUGAUACUUCGUCUUCCCGAAGAAACGACAGAACCUUCUCCUAGGGAGGUUGUUGAGCCGCAUAACCUAUCUGCCCGUAUCCCCGUGCGCAUAAAAGAAGGAAACAUCUGCACAUCAAGCUUCACGGAUGCAGCUUUGAUCGUGGUCUUGCAACAAGAAAUAUUUGUCGCUAACCUGACCCAAAGACCAGUGGGCUCUUUUACCGAUCACUGCAAUAUCGACACAUCACUAGGGCCGACAUCCGAAGCGAUGUGGACAUACCGAAUUAUAGCCCAUUCAGCCGAUAUAACCGACUUCGCAUAUGGAGACGUCGUCCACAGAACCAAGGACCGUUGGCACGAUCUGAUGCAGUAUGUUCAGGACUGGGAACGCAGCAGACCAAGUUCCUUCAUGCCGAUAUACAGCGAAUCAGAAAAUCGACCGUCUAGUUACUUCCCCAAGAUCUGGUAUUGUAAUGAUUGCCACGUUGCAGCCCGUCUGUAUUUGGAGUUAUGUCGUAUUCUCCUCCUGGCGGCUGAUCCCGGUGCGUCUGCACUUCGAAUCGGUCGGAUUCGUCGUAUGCAGGAUAACGAUGACAGAAUACAAGAGUGCGUUCGAGUCAUAUGUGGGGUCGCUUUGACGAACCCUGAGUUUCAUGCGACGCGAUCGACUGCUGGCUUGGCUAUUGGGUUGUGCGGUGAACUAUUUCAUGACCCUAGCGAGACCAAGGUUCUCUUGGACUUGCUAUCAGCUGCAGAGUUUCAUCUGGGAUGGCCUUGUCUGAAGCUGAAGGAGGAUCUGAGGGCGUUUUGGAGGCUCCCUGUGAUUGAAUCUUAGUACCGAGAUAUCAAAUACUUGUCGUCCUCCUGAUACUCCAAUACCGGUCAUAUCAUGCCUUGUGAAGAUGAUAACGAUAUCUUAUACGGUAUGAUUACAUUACAAUAAAAUUAGAGCACUUUAGAAAUGCAUGUAAA